AGCCGGAGUAGCGGCUGAAGUGCUAUUCACGUCUUUGGGAAGUAGGCCGAGGCCACCGGUACAACUGGGAGUGGGGCCAAUUAUCGCGUGGAGCAGUUCCCAACUUACGAUAUACCAUCUCAUUGCGCACCAAGGUUAAUCCAAGGGAAUCCAAUCGAUGCACCAUCCUCUAAAUCUACUGGCAGCUAGAUACACUUGUUGCUGACAAAGUAAGUUGAGAAGGGUUUGAAGAUGUCCUGGUCAUGUUUCGAAGGAUCCAGACCUAAUCCUUGGCCAGGAUCUGGCUCAGACCUCCGGGGUCCACUUUGGCUAGCGCCCGGCAACGUGGAACCUCAACGCAGCUCCAGCCAGGACGGCCACCACCUGGAACAUCAUCAACAAGUAAGUCAAAACCCACACAACAACAUGAAGACUGGACCUGGACCGUCCCGUUGACAGGGGUAGCUCAAAGGGGUCCUCUAGCUAGUAGUGGAAUGUAAUCAUGCAAACAUCCCAACACAUCACCGAACGGUACUGGAGGUACAGCAGACUGCAGCGGCUGCCAUACGGCAGAUGUGACUGGUAACUCCCGCGAUAAACCAAUCCGAAUUUGUUCUGGGUGUCAAAGCAUUCGAAAAUAUACAGUCAUGAGGAAACAGCAAACAAAGAUACAAUUCUUUCGUUGCUUCUCUUUUUGUUCACUUCCGCCACUUCUCUCAUUCAUUUUUCUUCUUUGCAUCAAAUCAAGAAGACCAAAUCCAAGCCCAUCAAUCUUCUACGGUACUAGCUAGUACAUUCUCAGAACUUGCAACAAUGGCCGAAGCUAUCAACUUUGCCCGUCGCCUCAGCUCUCGCAACGAGCCGGAUUUGCUCCAGGAAGACUUUGCAGGACCUGAGCCCAAGAGUACCUUUACGCAGCAGUAUUGUUCCAAUCUCGUCAAGAAUGUCUGCCCCUCUUCGCCGCUUCCUACUCAGUGCAAGAAGUACCCGGAAGUCUUGAUGUCCCUCCAGAAGCGCAACUCCGAUAGGCACGCGCAGAGCAUUGCCUUUGCGGGGAUGAGCCCAGGAGAAACGUCCGCUGCCAUGGUAGCUCGUGACAAGGGCCGUCUCAGUCAGGCUCAAAUCAAGCGUCGAUUGACCACUCCUGAUGCCCGUCAUAAUUCUUGGUGGGCCUAAUAAGCGAGCCUGAAUGGAAGAACCCAAAGAAGCUGCCCCCAACCUUGACAUCCUCCAACAUCCAUCAUUACUACAUAUUAUAUGCAUAUGAAAAGCAAGCAAUCCAAACAUUCCACUCUGCUCUCAUUCAUUCGUAGUAUGCAUCAACCCUGCAUGCAUGCCUGUUGCACAACAUCCAGCGUUCCCAAGGAAACUUCCCAAAUAACAGUGGAUGAGAUCAUUGACCGACGCACUCCAUUCAUUAUGUGCUCUCUGCAUACAGUUCCAUACACCACCAUAGCCUCUCUCUACAGGUAUUCACAAAGGUCUUGCGGGGGCAAGAAAAAGUCAGAAAAACACUAAUAGAUGAUACACAAUUGUACAUGACUGUUCGAGAC